GCAGGUGUGUGAGGCCGCCCGCGACAAAGGACUUGGACACUUCCGGCCGUUUAUGGUUUACCAGCUGCGCGUGGUGCUAGUGCUGACUAACUACAAGUUCUACGUGAGGUAUUUAACCAGUAGAGAUUUGAAAUUGUACUCGUGUUUAUAUUUAAAAGUGAAAUUUGAUAGUAAAGCAGCAUGGUAGAAGGCCGCGUCAUCCUGAAGCGGGUCGGAGCGUCCAUCUGUCAGUCACCUGCGUGCAGAUGGUGACGCUACCGUUGACGCCACGCCACCAGCCACCUCACCUCUCCAACACUCCAUCCUCUGCUUUUACACAACUACUGAAGAAGAGGUGCCACCAUGAAUGAUGAAUGUCUUUCCUUGACCUGGAAUAAUCAUGGAGCUACUUAUAGGCAGACUCUGAGUAUCCUUAGAGAAGAGAAUACCCUGACUGACGUGACUCUUGCAUGUGAUGGACAGAAGUUUGCUGCACACAAGUUGGUGUUAGUUACUUGCAGUGAUUAUUUUCGGACCAUUUUGGGUGACAUACCAUGUCAACAUCCAAUUGUGUAUAUGCGGGGAGUGGCUGCACGAGAGAUGCAGGCCCUGAUAGAUUUUAUGUACACAGGACAGACAGACAUUCCCCAGAAAGAAGUUCCAACUUUACUUGCAACUGCAGAAGCACUACAGAUUAAGGGCCUUGGUGUUUUCACUGCCAGUGAAGACUCUGACUCUGCAAAAAUCAAUCCUUCCCGAAGAGAACGAAGUUCAGGGCCAAAGAAGAGGCGAUUUGAGUCAUCUGUUGUGCUAAAUGGUUCUAAUGAAGAAGUUUCAAGAUCUAGCAGCUCAAGAAGUACGUCAUCUAAAGAUGAUAAUUUCUUAGAAAACCUGUACAGUCAUCAUUAUGCUCUCAUGUCGUCUCCAAAACGUAGAAAGACUGAUGAUAAGAUGGCACCUAAAACAUCAGAGUAUGUAGGUAAAUCUCAUACACCCACAUACUUUGAAAAGCCAGCACCAAAAGAAACUUCAUCUUCAUUGACUACAAAAGAUUCCUGCCAAAAUAAUUCUUCAUUGUCUCAUAAUGUGCUUGGUGACUUCUUACAUCACAGGCAGCCAGGCACUUCCACACCUUUAUCGUCCACUUCGCCCAUCCCUACAUAUACUUCAUCCUCUCCACCACCACAGACCCUACCUGAACAGCUCUGCAAGGACCCACUUACAUCUCAUAGCACAGAGACUGCCAAACAGAGGAUGUCAGAACGACGUCCAACUAGAAGUCCUUCAAGUCAACAGCCACUGCAUGAUCCAAGGCCUGAGGCAAAAACAGCAUCACCAAGGGCACUGAAUUAUUCCUUGGCUGGACUUGGGGCAAGCAAAGAAGAAUUUGGUGCUGGUUCUCUUGGGCACAUGUUUGAUGAAUCAAAUUCAGGACUUGCAGAAACACCAGAAAAAUUGAUGAAAGCAGAGAUAAAAGAAGAGGCUCUGGACUUCAGCAGUACCACAUUGUCUGAGAACCUUCAUGGGGACUCAGUAAGUUCUACUUUGAGUGCAAACAACAUAGAAGAGGAAACUCGCAUGUAUCUGGAUGCCUUUGCACGAAGUGCCAACCUCUCCAGGCAGCCCACAACAGAGGAAACCCUGGAGACCUCUUCAGCUGAUGGUCGACCAUUUGUGUGCCCCAUUUGCCAGAAGUGCUUUGCCAAAGCUGCCAUACUAAAGCGGCACCACCUUGCACAUUUUCGUCCCUAUGUUUGCCAUUUAUGCACACGUUCCUUUACGAGGAGAGAAGUUCUUGCCGAGCAUCUUCUGGAACACAAUGGUGCUGACUUACGAAUGCCAUGUCCUGUGUGCAGCAUGACCAUCAAACGCAAACGUAACUUACAAGCACACAUCAAAGUCAAACAUCCAGAAUAUUACAGGGAGAAAACUGCCAACAGACAGGCCAUGUGUUGAAAGACUACCAGGCUCUUGUAAGUUUAAGUCUUACUUUACAGAUUGUAGAAUUAUAGUUUCUAUAAUGAUCCUAUUUUACACAAAAAGGAGCAAUGAGAAAAAAUUUAAAUGGGUUAAGUCUCUAGUCAUUGAUUGAUUAGAAAUAUGAAAAGGAUGCUUCCACACCUCAGGCUAUAAUGAAGUCUGUUCAAAAACUAUUUUUAUUCAUUACCACAAAUGUCAUCAUGAAGUUUACUUUGAUAUAGUUAAAAAAGGUAUUUUAAAACUAUAAAUAACUUCAGAAGUAUUACUAAAGACAUCUUAUUUUUUAAUUUUUUACUUGUUCUUCCUGUGACUAUCCACCAAAUCAUAGAAAACCACCUUCUUUCCUUCUUCAGGGAGUGGGUCAAGCUGUGUACUGUACAACAGAAAAAUACAAAGGGAACAGGUUAAAGCAAAUAAUUGUUUGGAAAAGAAGCUUUUCACAUUAACUGAAAGUUCUUUUCUGUGCUAUUUCUGCUUUUCCUAAGGAUUUUAAGUGUAAAUUACUAUCUACUGUAUAUUACGGUAGCUAAUAUAUUCCACCAGCUUUACACUUGGCAGGAUAUGAAAUAAACUCUUGCCAUCCAAGCUAGGGUUGUCUCUUAGUCAACCAUAAUACACUACAUGCUUCCUUUGAUGUUUUUCCUUUUGAUGCGUGUGUAGUUGAGCAACCAUUUCCAGUUGAGAAGUUCAUCUAAGAUUCAAGCACUUUGGUUGCCAACUCUUUCAACUCCUGUGGACUUAUUUACAAGGUACAGGUAUUCCUCGGUUAACAUGAUGGAUAAGUUCCUAAAAAUAUCCUGGUAAGCAAAAACAUCCAUUAAGUGAAAUGUUAAUUCCAUUGGGAGAAAUGUAAAAGGUGAGGGCUGUAUGUUUGAGUGAGAAACUAAGUGCAACAAAUACUGUAGUAAUGUAUACUGUGCUUAGUAGUGUAUGUAUUUAUAAAGUAAUUAAAUUGAAAUUACUAAUGCAGAUACCAUACAGUCAAAGCUCAAUAAUCCCAAAUUCAAAAGUCCAUGAUGCUCAAUAAUACACGUGGUUUCAGAUUUAAAGUGUGCACCAAGGUUCAAGUGUGAGUUUGUGUGUGGUGUUUGUUUUAAUUUAUAUACAGUGUAGAAUUUCAUUUAUUUUUUCUUACAGCAACAUUUUUUAUGGUUGUAUAAGAUUAGAUAGUACAGGAGUAGUUGUGUGAGUGAUUGGUGUCGCACUAUGAAGUGGCUGCAAGUGUGAUGUGUUGGUGAGUCUAGAUUUUGAAUUACAGCAACACACACAUUUACCUAUGACCAUAUAGCUCAUAGAAAAUACUAAUUAUUGAUAUUUUAAAUAUUUUUUUGUUUCCUUGCAUUUAUUUGUAAAUCUUUGUAUUUAUUACAUACACAUGCUACAGUACUUACAAGCAAUUUUGUCUUUUAAUUCUAACUUAACACUCGUGAUUGUAAGGGUUGUCUCUGUAAAUCAUGAAAGAACAGCAAAGUUUAGCAAGUCAAUAAAAUAUGUGUUUGAGGUAAAUGACAGCCAGGGCAGAACUAAGUACUGUAUUGUAAUAGGGACAUGAAGAGACUGUCUAGGAUAUGUCCAUUUAUUGAUUGUGUUAAACCAGAAAUGGAUUUUGUUUUACGAAAAUGGAAUUGUGUCAUACAAACACUUGUUAAUCGAAGAAUACAGUACUGUACCCGUGUUCAACAUUCCUUGUGUCAAAAAGGUUUGCUGAGAAGAAUGAUAUAUAUUACAGUAUAUCAAACUCAUUCAAAAGGUUAGUACUAGAAUUUAGUACAUGAGUCUGCCACAGCAGACCUGAUUUUUUUAAGUUGGAAGUUUUGUAAUUUUACUGUCAUCUGAUACCUUGACAAAACAGUACUGUAUUAUGGAAGGAGCACUGAUUAAGUCAUUAACCCCUUUACUAUUCUGAGGCAACCGUGACAACACAAAUGUCUGCACAACAGUAUAUUGAUGUAUCUCAAACAUUCAGCUCUUACAGUUACUCCCUAGCUUAAAAACUUGCACCAUAUACAUAUUAUUCACUGUGACCAUAUAAUUGUAUCCCUCCCUCCUUGUCCAGUGAGAUAUUUUAUCUUCCCCCAUUGCUCUCAUUUCAUUGUGAUCAUACAACAUCUUUACCGUGAUUACAGAUUUUUAACCCCUAAACCUAAAGUUCUAAGGGAUAAAGUAGUAUUGUCCUUCCUUCCUUUAUUGGCAAAUGUAGUUUCUGUCUUGAUAACAUUCCAUGGUGUCAUUGGAUUGAUUUUAGUUUUGAUGUGAAAUUGUGUAAGGACAAUCUUGCAUGUUGAUAACUUAAGGGGUUUCAGAGGUCUAUCUUGUUUUGGUCAGGGGGAAUACAUCAUUUUUGGUGGCUCUCAGUGAUAGUGCAAUGAAAAGCACAGUUAUUUAUGAUAAAGUUAGAAUGUAUGAGUAUAUGACUGAUAAUGACGAAUAAUAGUGCUAACAAGAAAAUUUAGUGAUCAAUUUACCAACAAAGAGUGAAAGUUGAAGACUUGCUCAACGUGGAUGUCAAUAUUCAUCUUUUCAGGUAAGAGUUAAUUUAUUAAUUUUAUGCUUUUAAAUACUGUACUUGUAUUUGUUUGUUUGAUAAUCUCCUCAUGAUGCAUCACAGCAGGCAUUUUGAAAUGAAUUUGAGGGGAAUAAUAUAUUUAUUUUUCAAAGCUCUCUCGCCAGGGCUCUAUGUUAUUUAGUGUACCAAAUUCAGGGGUUUUGUUCAUCAUACAUUAUCCUUCCAAGAGGCACCUGAGGGCUCCUAAGGUCAUGUUUCCUUUCCAGUCACAACUAUCACCCACAAAAAGUACAUCUCAUGUUCAUUUACAGCAAAGGUCUUUUAAAGUAGAAAUCUCAUUUUGUUUCAACAAAAGCUUAAUUUGCAUCCAAAAAUUUGCAAAAUUUGUCUGUUUUGGUUUGCAGGACAUUGCUGAAGGCAUUGUUGUAUCCACCCUGGCACAUACUAUAUACAGUACUGUACUGUAUGAUUGCCAAAACCUGUUCACAACAGCCAUAACACUUUCUCAUAAAGUUGUGUGAAGUCUGUAAAUAAUUUUUUCGUGGGUCCUAGCUUCUUGGUGCCAGUCAGUGCCUUCUUCUCAGCAUAUACUGUAAUAGCACUUUUCCAUGAUCUAUAAGACCUUUAGUUGCUGAAUCCAAAAAUGCACUAAAGAGUUUUUAUAACUUGUUGAUAUAAACUGUAAUGCAGUGUAUGCCUCAGAUAAUCAUUGGUUAGCAGAUAUAGUGAAAUGAAAACUAUACAUCUUUUUGGUCAUUUUGUUCAGAAUUUUAUGAAAACUAGAAGGUUUUACAAAGAGUACUGUAUAGAAUUAGUAGACACAUAGCAUACGAUCAUCAACGUCAACCUUUAGGGUUUUUAAUUUGUGUAUCAUAUACUGCACACCUAUUAACUUAAAUUCUAUGUUACAGUGUACACGUAGGGUAUAAAUAGUUUCAACUUCUCUCUUCUUUCCCAGCUAUUUUAAACCUGUGUGUGUACAGCAAAUUGAAUUACCAGUUAGUAUGAUAGGCAUUUAUUUUAAAUAAUGAUCAACUGUUCCCAUAAACAUUUUAUGGCCUUUUGAUUGUGUCUUCUCCAUACAGUGCAGGUGCUUUAUGUUUGGCAUCAUCAUUAUCAGUCAUGUGUCCAUAAAAUUUUGGUUUCUUUGCUCAAACUCCAGUGUCCUUAGACUAGUUUUUUUUUCCAAAUUUUAGGAUAGUUUCGUCCACAUGAAAAUACAGUACAGGUCAAGUUCAAUUUUGGUACAUCUAGGUUUCAUGUCUUCUGGGGAUAAGUCCCUCCCCCCUCCCAGUUGCAGGUGUAUCAUAGUCCAAUAAGUCAGGGAUUGAAACAUUACCUGGCCAGUUGUCUGAAACAGUUUAUGGUAUGUCCAGGUUUCAUCUUCACUUGCCUGUUGGAUAAGCCAAUUUUUCCUAAUUUGUGUUGUUUGUAGCUGACCUAACAACAUAUUCAAGAAAUAUUUUUCUGAAUUUUACCCAUUUUUAUUUUUACAGUAUUUCAGUGAUUACAGGCCAUGUGUUAUUUUAAUUUGUCUUUUCCCAAGCUCUCCACUGUUACAUAAUGAACUGAGGGCAUAUUACCAAAAUAAUUUAUAACAGGCACAGUUGCCAUAUAAUAGUCUGAAAAUAUAUGUACCUAUGUACUGUACUGUACUCUUCUGUGAAGUACAGUACAGUAUUAUCAGACUGCAAAUUACAUGAAGUAGUACAGUAUGGUAAUGUAGAUUAAACUCUUGUCUAUUUAAAACAAGAACCGUUCACUAUUUCUCUGAAAGAAUUGUUGUUCACUAAUUACUGAUGACUACGUCAACUUCUUUUUAUAUAGCAGAAAUGUUUGGGGGAAGCACUGUAGCUUCCUUCAUUAAAAGUCAAGUGGCAUAUAAAGAACCUUUCUUGUGCCUUUUAGCUGCGACACAUAUAUCAUUAAUAUAUGAAAGAUUUGAUACAUUUCUUUGCUAGUUACACAGGUGAAAGUGAUUUGGUAAAUGGGAUUGUGUUUUUUAAUAACAGUUUGCAUUUAAGGAUUUUGAGAAAUGUACUGCAUUUUACAUAAUUUAUCAUUGAAUACUUAUGUUAAGAGUGAUGAAAUUGUUUUGUAUAAUAUUUAAUUGCACAAAAUGUAUGAUCAUUAGUAGCCAUCCUGCGGGGUUGUUUUUAUGUGGUGAUUGAUGGAAAAAUGUCUUGUUGCUUCCAGUCACACACUCAGACUUUACUGGUGUGUCUUCCAAAAGCUGCUUUACACCUAUGUAUGUUACAUACAAAUUUAUGUACAAUAUGGAAUAUCAGUAUGCUGGAAAUUAAUCUAACAGAGUACUGUACUGUCAUGAAAUUCAUUUUUACAUUCAAUAUUGGGGAUGGAGAGGAUCACUGAAGCUGGGGGUCCUCUAAUGUUCAAAUCAGAUGUUUUUAAUUUACUAAAGUGUUGUCUAUUCUGGCCAUUUCCAUGUAUGUUUAUGUACAGUAAACCAGCGAUUUACAUGGUGGUCAGGUUCCGCCUAAAACAUACCUCGUGCUUAAGGGAAAUAGCGGGUUAGGUUCCGGGCUGUCAUUAGCUCCCCGGGACUGAUUACAGGAAAAGUGGAUCUUAUCAUCAGCUGGCCAGUUUAGAUGUAACCUUCUGAAGAUGGAUUCAUAAAGUCAAAGCUUGUACAUCUUCCAUGGUGAUAAAAUCACUAUUGAGGUAAGAGCAACCAAGAUGUACAGGGAGCAGUCAAUAUCUAUGGACAAUUUAAACUGUGACAAAGAAAUCAGAGCAACAAUCAUAUGCUGAGAUUUACCACACUUGUGACUGAUUUUUUACACCACAGACUGGAUUGUUUAUAGAUAAUGGCCACUCUCCAUAUAUCCUGACUGCUCCCUCGGACUACCUGCUUCAACUUUGCAAACCUUUCCCUCAUGCCUCCCUCACCACCAUGAUAGAAACCAGGGAAAAUUAAAAUAUUUCUAGAUAACACAUGAUUUUUCUUGGGUAGACUUUGUUAAUGUUGCACAAAACUUGGCAGUGAAUAAUGUAAACAAGAAAUUAGUGGGUAACAGGUUUGUACAUGUGCAUGUUACAGUGCACAGUUGGCCAAACACUCAUCCAAUUUUAUUUAUGCUAAUGCUUCACAUUGCAGCAGCUGUGUAUUUCAUUGAUCAUUGGUCUGUUAUCAUUGCUCUUUGCUGUCCACACAUUAGCCUCAUUAAGGCCCAAAGUUCUGGGGAGGAAAGGAGGGACAUUUGGCAGGAAUUGAACAUUCCAGGCCCAUUUGGGCUCCAUGCCGAACUGUGUAUAAGUGAGUUUUUAUCGUGUAUAGAAAAAAAUGUUCACAAUUAACUCUGUAUAAGACUUGUAAAUUGGGGAUAUGCUGUAGCUAUAGUUCAUGAAAUACAAAAGUUUAUCUCUACACAUUAACAGGUGUCCUUAUUGAAGUAAAUGAGACAAAACUAUUUUUUAACAUUACUUUCCAUAAAAGGGAUACUUACUUGAUAUAUAUUUUUGAAGGUUUAUGAAAUAUAAGAUUUACUUAGAUUUGGUGAGACUACAACAUUAGGUUUAGGUUUCAGAAAUAAUUCAACAGUGUCAAGUAAAUGUUACUAGUUGCUGUACACAGUAAUACAAACCUGUUGGAGUUUUCAUUUAUAACAUUGUUCUAUUAUGUUUUAAAAAAGUAAAUGUACUUUAGAUUGAUACUGUUGCAGUAGUGACGGUACUGCUUGUUCUACUGCCGAGUGUGAUGGCGCCCUUUCAGGAGAGAAGCAGUUGGCUAGUCUGGGGCCCACUUAUGUGGGUAAAAUUCUUAUUAAUAAGGUACUUGUAAAAUGUAUCUACAGUGACAACCCAUAUUGUGUAUGAAACAUUACAUGAAACAUCGAGAAAUAAUAAUAAUGUCUUUAGUUUAUUUAUUAUGUUUUGCUCAAACUUUUUGUAUUUGUUAUUUAAGCUUGUUAUGGUAACAUAUUUUUUCCCUUUUAGGGUAGGUGGGCAGGGGUGUUAGCCCUCAAGUUAGGUUGAGUUCAUAUAUACAUUACAGCUGUACAACCCCAGCAUCACUUGAUCUCAUCAAUCCAAUCAUUAAGUUCGUAAUUUUUAAUACAUUAGUAGCUCUGGGUUGACUUUUGUUUGCUUAUUAUUUGUUGCAAACUAUUUUAUGUAUCACUGAGUGAUAAUUUAGGGGGGAGUGUGCAUUGCUCAAUAGAGGCAUAAAGUAAACGAAUAUUUUCAUAUUUGUAAUUUAUUUAAGGUGACUUGGUCUUUGUAGGAUUAAAAACACGUGUGUGCAUUAUUGUCAAGAGGCACAACAUACUGCAAAGGUUGCAUACAAGAUGGCUUAUUGCUUUUUUAACAAAAUGUCUUCCAUAAAAGAAGUCAUAAAUUUUCUUAAGUGCAUAAAAAGGCUGACUCCAUUUUCUUUAAAGUGAAAGAUUUGCUCAACUUAUAAAAUGUCAAAGCAAGUGAGCCAUCUGUCUGUUCAUGCAGUAUACAUGUAGUUAUUUUUCCAAUAAAAACAUCCUAUACAA